AUGUUUACAACAAGAUUGGCCUAUAGAUUUGCCAAAUCAGUUCCCGUCGUCGAUGUUACUUCAUUCCUUGCCAAGAAGGGUGACUCAUCGGCUCAGUGUGCCUAAGUAGCUGAGGCUCUGCACAACUACGGUGCUGUUUGCAUCAAGGAUCCCAGAGUAAACGAUCGCCAUAAUGUUGACUUCCUAGACAUGAUGGAGAAGUAUUUUGCGAGCAGAGCUGCCAAAUUCUAUAAUGACGAGAAGGUUGAAGAUAUCUUUCCAAAUUAUUCAUAUCAAGUGGGAGCAACACCGGAGUUUGUGGAGAAAGCCCGCACACACUCGAAUGUGAUUAGACAAUACACCAAAGAGAAUGAAGCAUACACUCCUCAGCCAGCUCCUUAUGAUGCCAAAUGGAGGUUCUUUUGGCCCAUUGAUGAUGCUGGCAAACGAACCAAGGACGAAGAUUUUAAACCUCCAAGAUUCAGACCGAAGGAUGUUCCUCAGUUUGGAGAGAGAAUGGAAUAGUGGGGGAAGAUGAUGAUUAAUGGAUGUUUAACUGUUGCUGAAAUGGCUGCCAUCGGCAUGAGUAUACCGGCUGAUACAUUUACCACCAGGAUGCAGGGAGGUCCUCAUCUUCUGGCUCCGACUGGAUCAGAUAUGGAGAGACACAAACUGGGGACUGUCUUCGCAGGCUUUCAUUAUGAUCUCAAUUUCUUGACUAUUCAUGGCAAGAGUCGUUAUCCAGGAUUGUAUGUGUGGUUGAGGAACGGGGAGAGAAUUUCCGUUGCUGUUCCUGAGGGACAUCUCUUGUUAUAAGCGGGAGCUCAAUUUGAUUUACUGACUGGAGGCUAUGUCACUUGUGGUUAUCAUGAAGUCAUUUAUACGGAGGAUGCUAAAAAGAGAUUCGAGGAGAAUAAGAAGGCAGGAAAGAGUACUUGGAGAGUGUCCUCAACUUUGUUCUCUCACAUUAACUCUGAAGUCACUCUCCAACCUCUGGACAAGUUUGCUAAGCAGGGAUUGCCUGAUAAGUACAAGCCCAUCAAGGCAUUCGACCAAGUCUAACAAGAGUUGGAGGCCAUCAAAUUAAAGUGA